AUGAGAGCAGAGAAAGCCGCCAAGUUCAGAGAGAGAAAUCCCAGGACUACCAUCAACUGGGAUCUCUUCGCUAUGUUAGCCGGCUUUUGGGAAGAUUCCGCAAUGGACAACAUCGACGAGGAAUAUGACCGGCUCGUUGAACACCUUCACGACUGCGCGAAGAAGGCUGAGAGUUCUAAAACCACCAAGAGAUGCCUGUCUCUUGAAACUCUUGAGCUGAUACGCCAGCGUCGAGCAGCACGAGCCGCAGGGAACCAAAAACUCACGUCCGAGCUCGCAAGGCUUUGCAGAGAGGCGAUAAAGGAAGACCUUAAAGAGAGAAGAGCAGAAGUGCUGGCUGAAGCUGCAGAGGCGGGGAAAAGCAUCCGCUAUGCCCGUCGAGACUUCGCCAGUCGCAAGACGAGGAUGACUGCUCUCCGGAACCCAAAGGGAACAGCCAUUGCAUCGAGAAGGGGGAUGGAGAAAAUCAUCUACGACUUCUACUCUGAUCUCUUCGACAGCCAUGUCCACUUACCUCCUCACCAUCUGAAAGAAGAUGGACAAGUCAUUCCAGAGGUUCUCCCGUCCGAAAUACGACAUGCUAUCAUAGAUUUCCGCCAGUACACAUCAACAUCCUGGCGAGGCUCUUUACACGUUAUCUGUCGGAAUGCAAGGUUCCUAAACACCAGCAAGACCGUGUUGUUGUAUAAAACGGGAGAUCCACAUGACAUCGGCAACUAUCGCCCAAUCUGCCUACUGUCCGUCAUCUACAAGCUCUUUACAAGAGUAAUCCCUAAUACGAUUGAAAAAGUCUUGGAUGAAGGACAGCCAUGCGAGCAAACAGGGUUUCGAAAAGGAUUCAGCACGAUUUACCACAUUCACACUGUUUCGAAACUCAUCGAGGUAUCACGAGAGUACAAGAUGCCGCUCUGUCUCACCUUCAUCGACUUAAAGAAGGCCUUCGACUCAGUUGAGACGGAAGCGGUCGUGGAAGCCUUGCACAACCGUCGGCGUCCCUACUCAGUACAUAAAGAACGCAAUGCGAAGUUGGAAUGGGACGACAUGGGAGUGAAAGUCGACCGUCGGCAGCUACACCAUUUGCGCUUUCCUGAUGACAUCGUACUGAUAACACAUAGCAUCAGCCAAGCGGAAAGAAUGCUGACCGAAUUCGACGAAACAUGUGGAUGCAUCGGUCUUCGGCUGAAUCUAGACAAGACGAUGUUCAUGCGGAACGGAUGGGUUUCGGAUGCCCCAUUCACGCUCAACGGAACGAAUAUAUCCGAAUGCACCAGCUACGUUUAUCUGGGUCGGGAACUGAACAUGAUGAACGACCUGACCUCCGAGCUGGGCAGGAGGAGACGAGCGGCUUGGGGAGCGUACAAGAGCAUCGAGGAUGUAAUGAAGAAGACCUAUGCUUCGGAAGCCUGGGCAUUUCGCAAACAGGAAGAAAACGCGGUGAGCGUCAUUGAACGCGCAAUUGAGAGAGUGAUGCUAGGAGUAUCCCGCUUCACGCAAGUCAGGGACGGGAUUCGAAGUCCUCUCCUACGUUAG